AUGGAAGCAAAACCACCUUUAUCUAUUCAAAGAUCAAGAUCAGGGCAAAUUAGUAAUUUUGGAGCCUCAGCAGACAUGUCCUCUUCAUUUCCCGUUCUUCCAGCCCCACUGCAUGAGACAUGUCCAAGAUUUUCGGACUCCCAUAACGUUGCUUUAAACAGGGAACAACUCGUGCACCAACCUGCUACUGCUGUUUCACAAUUGUCUUCCGACAGUGGGCUCGUCGGGCACAUAUUUUCAUCUUCUUCAGGAUUUUCUACAGAUCUUCAAUUUUCAACCAUGCAACAACAUGGACAGCAUCCAAGGCAAUCCCCUUUUAUUUCUCAAUCAACGAGUAGUGGGAAAUCAGCUGUGUUACCGAAUCCAGUUGAUUCUCGGGUUCUUCAGUCCACUGCAUCAAGUCAAUUUAACAAAGAAAAUGACGACUCGUGGUGCGCUGAUACAUUACCUGAUUUUCUUGAUUUUCCGAUGAGUACGGCUAUGCUGGACAGUCAACUCGAUGAUAGCAACUGCGGCAGCAUUACCGUUCCACCCGAGGAUUUCGGUAAACAAAGUGAUUGGCAGGAUUGGGCUGAUCAGCUUAUUACUGAUAAUGAUGCUUUGACUACUGAUUGGAAUGGACUUCUUGGGGAUGCAAGUGUUGCAGACCUAGAACCAAAGAUUCCCCAACCAUCAAACAUCUCCAAACAGCAGCCUCAUGCAUCCCAACAGCUACCAAGCACGCCUGGUGAAAUUUGCACUAGUGGCGGUCAAUCGUCAUCAGGAAAUGCUAAUCCAGGAAAGCAGCGCAUGCGUUGGACACCUGAACUUCACGAGGCCUUUGUGGAGGCAGUCAACAAACUCGGUGGCAGUGAAAGAGCUACUCCCAAGGGUGUCCUGAAGGUAAUGAAAGUUGAAGGGUUGACCAUUUAUCAUGUGAAAAGCCACUUACAGAAGUACCGAACAGCUAGAUAUAAGCCACAGGCAACAGAGUCUUCAGAGAAAAAAUCCACCUCCAUUAAAGAUUUGCCGUCACUGGACUUAAAAACGGGAAUUGAGAUCACCGAAGCACUGCGGUUGCAGAUGGAAGUACAAAAGAGGCUGCACGAACAACUUGAAAUCCAAAGGAAUCUACAGCUCCGUAUAGAAGAACAGGGACGAUAUCUUCAGAUGAUGUUCGAGAAGCAGUGCAAGUCUGGAAUCGACUUGGUAAAAGGGUCAACUUCCAACAAUGAAAACCGAGACGAAUUGUUAAAAAAUGCCGAUGGUAAUGUAAAGCCAAAUGAGGCGGCUAAUGAAGCCAAAACACAAGGCGAAACUUCUCAGGUGGAGGCCGAGAAAGCAAAAUCGGUCGAGCUUGAAAAUCCCGAGGCAAGCUUUGGUGCCACAUCCGAAGUGCAGCCAACAAAACGCGCGAGGGUGGAUGAGUAG